CUGGGUUUCCACCCUUUCCUCCACAUUUGUCCCCCACACCUCCUCCUCCCUUGUAUUGUCAUGCAAAUAAAGGACGCGUAAAAUAUUCCCCCAGAGCUCAGCCACCAGGCAGCCAGAGCGCACCGAGGACGCAACAGAGCGGACCAAACGCUGGUGGAUUUUUAACCUUUUCCGGGGGGGUUGUUUUUGUUUUGUUUGUUUGUUUGUUUGUUUUUUGUCUUUUGUUCGGCGUUCUUAAUCCGUCCGUCCCACAGACAGACACUCGCAUGAACAGCCGACGUGGACGUGGGAGAACCAAAGAAGGAGAGUGGUCCGAGGUGUCCCGAUAUAACAUCAUCAUCUGCCGCUGCUAGGAAACUGUACAGAGCACCACGCCAACACCGCCGCUCCACACAACACACGGGAUCAACUACCUUGAGGAUCUGCGUGUUUUCACUCCUUUUUGGGGAUAUACAAACAAGUGUGGCCAAGCGCGAGAGCUUUUUUAGACGGGAUUACUGGGCGCCCCCCCUUUCCCCUCCCUGCUCCUUGUCCUCCGACGCAGCCAUGAGCCAGGCGGACGUGUCCACAUGCUCAGCCCCGCAAAGGGUCUUUCAGGAGGCGGUGAAGAAGGGCAACACCAAGGAGCUGCACUCGCUGCUGCAGAACAUGACGAACUGCGAAUUCAACGUCAACUCGUUCGGACCCGAGGGUCAGACGGCGCUGCACCAGUCCGUCAUCGACGGCAACCUGGAGCUGGUCAAGCUGCUGGUCAAAUUCGGUGCGGACAUCCGGCUCGCCAACCGGGAGGGUUGGAGCGCCCUGCACAUCGCCGCCUUCGGGGGUCACCAGGACAUUGUGCUAUACCUCAUCACCAAGGCCAAGUACUCCUCUGGGGCCCGGUGAUCGCUCGCUCCCAGCCUCCCGUUCUCCUUCCUCCUCUCUCUGCUGUGUGUCAGGUAAAAAAAAGAAAAAGAAAAAAAAAAAAAGUAAUGGCAGCAACACAACUCUAAACUCCAUGUGCCAAACAUCAAUUGGGCCGCAUCUGAAUCUUUUAAUAACACACACUUAUUUUGUUGGUACUAAAGCAGGGGUGGGGGACAUUUUUCCAAUCAGUCCUCUUGGCACAGUGCUAAAUUCAUGAUCAUAAUUGUAUCAUCUUCAAACGCACUUGGCUGGCUCCUGAAUGGCCCACCCCUGUCCUAAAAGCUUUUUCUUCUUGAAUGUGUCUAUAGAUGGUGCGUUCCACUCAUUGUCCCCCCCCCCCCCCCCUCUCCAUCUUCAAUAAUGCUCAUCAUUGUCCAAUAAACCAACCAUUUUAACUUAUUUAAAGUGAAUUAGGGCACUUGAUGCUGGAAUAUCUGAAAGGGAGGACACACAAAGCAAGAAAAGGCAGAAAUAUUUUAUUGUACUGAACUCAAAGAGCGGCAUUAUGGCUAUCUGACAUGCUUUUAUGUUUGUUUGUUUGGUUUGUUUGUAACCGUCUUGAUAUAACAAAUGGCUUCAAUGUGGUUGUGAAGUACUGUACACCAUAGCUUUACUUUGUUUCUGUCAUUGUUUGAAGAGAGAUACAAAACAUUCAACUCGCCAUCAUCCACGCUGGCGUCCAACUUUUUCAAGCCAAUCUGCCAAUGGUCAUUGUGUUGUUACUUUUAAGAAAAAAAGAGAAAAAAACAGCUGCUUUGUUUUAAAGAAAAAAAAAAAAAUCAAUGAAAAAUUGGAAUCACUUUAUAAACACACUUCAGUAUUCUAUUAACAUCCUCACUGUGAAAGCAGGCUGUUUUGUAUUUUUGUCAUAUUUAUGAAGGUACAUUUUGAUUGAAAAAAAAAGAGAAAAAUAUCUUUAAAUGUUAGAGAGUGACUCAAGCUGCUUCAGUUAAAAAAAAAAGAAAACUGUCCCAUGUGGAGGUAUCUCCUCUGUGCGUCCCCCCUCCCAUUCCUCCCAUCAGGAUUGGUUGUCUUUUGCCAGCUACCUCGACUUUUAAAGUAUUUUCAUGUUGUGCUUAUGCCAGUAUGUUGUGUGUUUUUGCCCCCUUCCACUCCCCCCCCCAAAAAUAUCCUGCAUCCUCAUUUGGGACUAUUUGUUUCACACUACAACCAAACCAGUUCAGACAAGCUAAGCAUCAGUGUGCCUUUCUGCAAUCUCUCCUUUUUGGGAGGGGUCUGGGGGGGUGUUUUUUUUUUCCCAGUCAAGACAACAAGUGGAAUGGCUUCUAAAUGCAGGGAGUUUGAAUUGCACAAAUACACGGAGCCUUGAGAGUCUCUUGGCUUUGGAUGGAAGAGUUACUACUACUGACUUUUUGAGCAAACACAUCAGAACUCACAACAUGUGGCAAUUGCAGGACUCACAAAGAAAAUCCUUAAAGUUGCCUGCUGCAUUUAAUAAAAGACAAAAAAAAAAAAAAAGUCGUGGCACCCUAACAUUUGAAUCGACGCUGCUUGUAUUUUGUCAUAAUUAUUUUUUUUCUUUUCAAAGGCUUCACAGCAGCUUCAUGGGAAGAAUGUUUGAAAGUGUAUGCUUCUCAUGAGGCCCAAAAUUGAGGCCUUCUCAUGAGGCCCGCACACACACACACAAAACACACAAGCACCAGUAAACUGAAGCGAUUGGAUUGGUAUCAGGCAACACAUGAAAUAUGCAUCGCUUGUCUUAAACUUGAUGUUUUUAUUUUUUUUUUUGUUUCAAUAUUGCACUGAUGACUGCUGUCGAGGUUGGCUUUUUAUGUGCCAACAUUUAAGAAUUUUUUUCUGAAUAGAAAAAAAAAAAAUCAAACAGCAAAAUACUAUUGUAUAAAUAUAUGCUCCAGGUGAUAAAUGCGCAUGUUACUUUGUGGAAACUGUUUUUCAAGCAAAGGUAUGUACGGUUGUUUAUUUGUGUGUAUGUUUGUAUGUGUAUAUAUAUAUACAUAUAUAUACACACACACACACACACGCUAAUGAUGAAAUUGGGGCACUUUCUUUUCUGAAGUGCUGUCUUCCUGUUUUUUAUGAAAGGGGAAUACAUUUGAUGGUAAGAUCAUUGUGAAGUGAUUAAAGAUUGCACGGUUGUGUGGUUGUAAGGCUUACCAGAGUCAUAACAUUUAUGACGUAAUGAGCCAGCUGCCGGAGUGGUGUACAUGAUAUGAGUGUGUUGUUCUUUUUUUGUGAAGAAAAGUUUGUUUUUUGUGGGGGGCGCAAGUUGUAUUUCAGUUUUUGGUUUGUUUUUUUUUUUGCUUAAUUUCAAGCAAGAGGAAACGGCUGAUUUUCGUUUUUCUGAAUUUUAUUUUGAAUGUUUGUAACACUGUGAUGAUGACGUGAUGUCACAUGGAGAUGAGUGCUGUAUUAUUUUUGUACGUUUGUGUACAAGCCAGUAAAGAAAACAUGAAACUUCCAAA